AUGGUGGCGACGUUGCUGGCGCUAACGUGCGCAUCUCCUCUGUUUAGUCCUCGGCCUGUUUCAGCCAGGGUAGCCUUGAAGACUAGAGAGCCCUCGAUUUCUACAGCUAAAUUCGUAAGAAGAUGCUCGGGAAAAGAUGGAGAAGAAGAAGUGCUUCUAGAAGGAAUGCCACCGGAGUAUUAUGAUGAUGAAUGGCAAGCUCGACAGAGAGAGAAGACGAAAGAAUUGCGGCGGAUGCAGCGGGAGGAAGAAGAAGAAGAGGAAAGAAAGAUUGAAGAGUACCGUGAAAUCGGCACGAGGUUGAAGGAAUUUCCUGAGCAAGACUUGAGGAAAGCUCGAAAGCUCGUCUCCAGCUUCAUCACAGCUGCCGAGGAAGUCGAAGAGAGAAUUGAACAAGCAGCUGAGAAAGGACAACUGGACGAGCUUGUUCUCAUGAUCAUAUGGAACCGGCUUGACCUUGCUCGGCGCGAUGAUGAGAAGGACGCCAUAAGAAGUCUCGAUCUCUUAUAUAGAAGAGUUGAGACAGAGAUCUUAAAACGGCAAGCAAGUCCUGCGAUGAAACUGCUGAAUGAUCUUCUGAACAUGCAUGAUGGCUUUGGAGACGAUGCUUGGUUGAAAGACUGCAGAAAACGGAUGGCUGAAACAUUCCCACGAGAAGAUCCCUUCAGCAUUCUAAUGCCACCAGGAUUCGACAUUGAUAUGCAUCAAGGACUAUUACGACCGCCAAUUGAGACGGACAACACCCUUCUCAGAGUAGACUUUGUAAGAGAAGUGGAUGCAUUGCUACAGGAAGUGAGAAUAGAGGAAGACGAGGAAGCUGGUAAGGAAGGACAAGGGCUUGACCCUGAAGCUAUAGCAAUUAAGUUGAAGCAGCAGGAGAAGAAGCGAACCAUCUCUCAAGUUGAAGCCAUUCUUGAUUUGGCCCUCAACUUGAAGUGUUAG